CGUAUAUAUAUACAUUCUCACAGAAGUCGUCUCAAACCCAGUUGCCGCGGAGGGCUUACAACAGAGAGCUUCUUACCCCGACGAUCACCACCUUCCACCGGCGGCUUCAGCCUUCAGUUCACUUCGCCGGUUACUGUUUCCACUUCAUCUUCUUCUCUGUUUUUUUCCGCACAACUUUCUCAAUGGACAAGAAACACAUAAGUCAAACUUGGGUUAGCAUUAUGUAUCAGAGGUUUGAAGCUGCAUAUCAAGAGGUUGAUGAAUUUAUGAACAAGGAUACAGUCAAAUACGUUGAAAACCAUAUCCAAACAGUUGGAGAGAGCAUGAAGAAGUUCUAUAAUGGAGUUAUGCAAGACCUUAUUCUUCCUCCAAAAACUCAAACCUACACAAAUUCAAUUUCAUCCAUUAAAGAAAACACCAUUGAUUCUUCUUUGAUCCCUAUUGAAGAACCAGAUACUAACCCUAAUUUUGAGAAUGAAGACAAGAUAUCUUUUCAAGAAGGGGAAGAAAUAGUUUAUAGUAAAACUUCAGAGAGUGAUGAUUCUUUGUUUGAAGAUGCAAAUUGGGGAAUUGAAAAGAUUAUGAAUUUGAAUAUGGAAAUUGAGAAAAAGAUUGAAGGGGAAGAAACAUUAGUUAAUGGUGAAUUAUCUGAAUGUGAUUCAAAUAAUGAGAAUAAAGAGGAAAAGGAAAAUUCAUAUGAUUCAUCAACAGGUGAUUAUUUCUCUGCAUCUUCAUAUGAUGUCUCAUCUUGUGAGUCUUCCACACACAAUAAUGAUUCCACAAUGUUUGCUUCUUCCGAUUUUGCCCUUUCUAAUGAAACUACUCAUGAAGUAAAUGACUCCAUGGUUGAAUUUGAAGACCUUAACAUGGACACCAUUGAUUUGAGUGAUAAAGAACAACUAGUUGAAAGUUGUGUUAUUGUCGAGGGCGAAAAAGUCUUUUCCUUCUCCUAUGGGUCAGGAAAAAGCAAAUCUUACAAGAAAAUCAUACAAGAUGCUUUUAUGUCAAGAAAGAAGUUAACAAAGGAGUAUAAGCAGCUUGCAAUUUGGAGUGGAGAUAUUGAAAAAGAAUUCAGCCGAAAAACAGAUGAAAAUGCAACAAAAUCACAAGUUCAAGAUUCUCAUGAUUCUGAAUGGGAGCUUUUGUAGAUAAUUUUGUGGUUUUUUAAAUCAUAAGUGCAUCGUAUUUUUGCAUAUAAAAGUGAGAUAAGUGUUUAUAGGAAGCUUCUUUUUUUGCGUAAAGAAAAAAAAAUUAUUGGUUCUUAAUGGUUUUAUAUGGAUUUUUACGAGGAAAACUUGGAUUUAAGAAUUUAUGGUUGAAAACGCACACAUGUUUUAGUUAA